AAUGUAUUGUUAUUACAUUUAGAUAUUAUCAUUAUUAUUAUUAUUAUCAUUAUUAUUAUUAUUCCAAUGGGAAAGAAAGGAGGCAGCUGGUUCUUUGCUGUCAGGAAGGCCUUCAAGCCUUCCCCUCCCUCCCUUCCUCCAUCUAAGAAAUAUGAAGAAGAGGAUCCUGAAGUUGUGUGCUUUCAGCAUUUUCCAGUAGUGGAGACCUCUCGUGAGAGCACUAAUUCUACACCAUUAACAAGCGUCGCUGAUAAAAACCAUGCUAUCGCGGUUGCUGCCGCCACUGCUGCUGCAGCCGAGGCUGCAGUGGUGGCAGCUCAGGCGGCAGCAAAGGUUGUUCGGUUAGCUGGCUAUGGUCGUCCAUACUCCAAGGAAGAAAGAGCUGCAACUAUUAUUCAAUCUUGCUAUAGAGGUCACUUGGCUCGAUGUGCAUUGCGUGCAUUGAAAGGUCUAGUGAGACUACAAGCAUUGGUACGAGGCUACAAUGUACGUAAACAAGCACAAUUGACAAUGCGAUGCAUGCAAGCGUUAGUUCGUGUCCAAACUCGAGUUCGAGCUCGCAGGCUUCAACUGGCACACGACAAUUUUAAAAAAAAAGUCGAAGACGUUAAAGAAGAAGAACAGUUCAAACAGAAAUAUGAGAAAUUGAUGAAUUCCCACAGAAGAUAUGAAAAGGAAACUCUAAGUAGAGAGAAAAAUAGAAAACUUUCUUCGAAGAAACAAGAAUCCGGUUUGGUUUAUGAAGGUGAAAACCGGCGUACAACACAAUGGGGUUGGAGUUCGCUGGACCGCUGGAUGUCGUCUCAACCUUCCCAGGCUCACGACGACAUGUCGGAGAGGACCGUUGAAAUGAACCUGGACUCGGGCCCAAACUCGGCCCAUGUUCCGAGCUACAUGGCCCCAACUCAAUCGGCGAAGGCCAAGGCCCGGAAUCUGAGUGCAGUUAAACCGCAGAGCCCACUUUUGAGCCCAUCAACGAGGAAAAGUUGGGCUCCGGACUCGUCGAGUUCUACAGUUAACCAGGCCCAAUACGGCCCAAUAAUCAAAAGUAAUGGGAGAAAUACCCAAUUACAUGGUAGUGUCCCAGAUUACUAUGGUGGUGAAGAGUGGGCCUUUCCUCUUGGAGCCCAUGGUUGAAGAUGAUUUGGUAAAGGUAGACCCAUUAGUUGGCCCAUAUUUGUUUGUUGAAUGUUAUUUAUUGGGAGUGAUUUCAUAAAAAUAUAAUAACUGUCAUAGCUGAAUAGAUAAAAUAUUGAUUUUUAGUAGUGGAAUUUUAUUUGUU